CGCGAUUCCUUUCCAACUCCAGCGCACUCGUACGAUCUGCUUUGAUUAGAAAACCCGGACCCCGGUUUUUCCAUCUCCGGGCGCCGCGUGAUCGAAAAAUUGUUUUCAAAGGUCGAAGUCGGUGACGAGUUGUCUAGUUCCUCGCAGAUAAACACACAUUGAAGACACAAACAUCCAAGAUGGAAGCCUAUAAUAAUAAUAUGCGAGACCUGGAACAUAGAAUUGAGGAACGUGAUCGCCAGAGUGAAAUCUCACUGAGGGAGCUUUUCCAGACAAGAAGAAGAUUGUGGAAUAUGUACCCCCGCGUGGGGGCGCUCGAAGACAGACUAUAUAUGCGAGAAAGCGACCCGGAUAAGUAUGAAACGUUGACAACAUUGGACAAGGCGAGCGGAUCAUAUACCAGUCCAACUCUACGAUCGUACGGCAGUGUUGGUGAUUUAUCGCGCGAUCUUCCCCGUACAAGAACUCGUCGUGCUAGUGCUGACUAUAAUAGUUAUUCUAGACCACUGGGACGAAGCUACGGUACAUCAUCAGCUACGGAUCGAUUCGAAACCAGCAGUGUUCGGGGAUAUCGCCCUGGGGAUGAUGACGACGACAACGCGAGUCUAUCUGGUACGAGAAGUUACAGAUAUAACACAAGUGGUGGCGACAAGUGGGAAACACAAAGCCUAGUAGACUACCCAACAACUUCUUACAGUGGGCCCCGGUCCAGUAGCCAGUUUAAAAGUAAAUACGGUUCUGGUACCGGCGCAUCUAGUGCACAUAACUAUAAGCCUGGAGACGAUGUUUUAGAAAAUGUGGCUAAAUGGAAGACUUCUAACAGUGCCAGUAGGAGAAACUAUCUAAUGAAUAAAAAAUAUGACGAAUGGUCGUCCCCGCGAUACAGUCCUCGAGCUCCCCUCAACCCUUAUCUCCACGAGGCGGACCUUACAACAUCAUACCAGUCUGCAAGAACCCUGGUUCAGCCUGAAUUUGUAGACGACGAUGACGAGGAAUUGGAAAACGUAUCUCUCGCGCGGUACAACAAAGUCUCUUUGGUGGAUAAUUACUCUUACGAACCAUCUCGUUACUAUGGGUACACCGACAGCACCACAUCUAGUCGCAGCUCGCCAAAAGAUACAAAGGAUUAUGGUUACACCAGUGCCUACACAACCUAUGGCCCAGGCAGCUCAAGUUACAAGCCCAAAAGCAGGCAGAGCACGCAGAAAUAUAAACCAGAUGAUAAUCUGUAUGGCACAACAACAACGACGACGACAAAGACAACAAGCAGACCGCGUAGUUAUAGUUACACAAGUGGCUACAGUUCAACUGCCAGUCCUACCAGAUACUCCAAAUCCAGGUAUGAUGAUGAUGAUAAGAUGUCUGAAAUUUCAAGUGUCUCUGCAUACGAGAAGAAAUCACCACGUAUGAAUGUCAAUGAGUACCUAUCAGCUCGCAAGAAAUACACCAACCAAUACGAUCGAGACUCCCGUGUUGCAAGCAUUCUCGCCAGGAAGCCUCGAUCCAGUUACCCGAUCUACUCAGGAAAAGAUCAUGGUGAAUCACCUACUAAGACUCGUUCAAGUUACAGCUGCACUAUUCCUGUAGGCUCGUCCGCGUCAUCAAGUAAAUUUAACCCUGAUUUGGCAUACUUAGGAGAAUCCAGUGAAGAAUAUGAGAGAGACCCCCUAAGAUAUCUUUUACGAGUCCUCAAUGCUCAAUCUAAGGUUCUCACCUACUGUGUUAAUCAUCUUAGAAAGCAGUAGUUUCAAGUUUGGCGCAUUCUUUCGAACCUUGCGUAGUCCUGCUGAUCCACGUAAAUUCUAAGUCACAAUAGAACGGAUCACCCACAGAUGAAAUACGACUGGCUUUUACAAUGGAAAGAUGGAAGACAGGAUGAAUCUCUUUCAGAACGUGUGUAGACACUGUGAUUUGGUAUUUGACUCUAAGGCAGAGGUGGACUGCGUAGUGUGGCGAAUACCCCUAUCCCUAAAUUUGCUUUGCAGGAUUUUUUUGUGUUAUAAACAUAUUAUUUUAUUAUUGGAAAUAUUGUAUACACCUAUCUUUUGUGCCACGAGUCACUAGACUGAAUAGUAUACACAAAAUUGGGCGAGCUUAGACCACGUGACAUUCUGGGUUGAAUGGUCCUACUGACCAGAAUGCUUUUAUAACGCGUGUUUUAUUUCAUUUUUGGCCAUUAUUUGAUUAGGUGUUUUGUCAGAGUGGGGUCAGGUCGAACCCAGAUUAGAGAAAGGUCGUACAUUUUCCUGUUAUUUGUUACAUUGGGGUCAAGGUUCAAGGUUCAAAUGCAACACCAAUAUACAUUUGUAUGUAUAACGUCAUCCCGCGUGUUGAAAUUUUCUUUGGCCAAUAAUAUAUUUCUGUUUUGUAUGUUGUUACAAUGGUUGCUGCUUAGCUCUGAUAUUUUGCUAGCUUAUUCUCCUCGGGAGAAUUUUGAAGUGUAAAAAAUAAAGGGGCUGAAAUAUAUAUUGUUGGAUCGAAAGUUCCGUUCUAAUUGUCGAACUUUCCCGUUCCCGUUUCAUAACACAUGACCGGCGGAGAAAUACUUAUGGUACUAUUUCCUAUGGAAACAUGCACAUUAACCCAGCUUUAAACUUGCGUUCCGCCCCUGCUAAAUGUGAAGCUAUCUUCUCCAAAGGAUAGUCUGAAAUUCCAACUAAUAUAAAUUCACAGCGUAAUUUAAUUGUCUACUUUUGCACAGUUUAGUCGUGUUCUCCAUAACAUUGUAUUUCUGUUUUCCAGUCAUGCCGCACAACCCGUAGCAGGUGGUUCUUUUUCUAGUUCAAGAAGUCUGUCUAAUGACAGAUAAGAUACGUUCCACAUAUCCCCUACAUUUGCAUAUUACCAGCGCGGUCUCUCUUACCCAUACUACACGUGACAGAGUUGGGUUCCGGUUCCAAUCAAAGAUGUCCGGCAUUGCGACGUCUCUACCAACCCCUGGCCCGUUGAACAUCAAUAUACAUCGAAACACAAGAAAUCAAUUCAUUAUAUUACCAAAGAAUAAGUUUGAAAUGAAAACCAAACGAAAAGUAAACACAACAAAAUACAAAAAGAAACAAAAAAACAAAAAGUAACAAAAAAAAAAAAUGGAAUGAACCGAAGAUACGAGAAAUCUAGCUACUUAGUAAGCUUCAAACCCCGUACAUUUUUACCAUGUGAUGCUUACAUAUUAGCAGCAAUGUUUACUUUAUUAUUUUUGAAGAUGUUCCUGGAAUUGUUUUGUAAAAAACAAACAAACAAAAGGUGUUUCUUUUGGGAGUUUCUUUAAAACCAGAUUAAUAUUUGUAUUCGAUACUAAUUGCCCUAGAAAUAAACAAAAUAACUUAAAAA